AAUGUUCAAGUAUAAAUCAUUUUGGAGAUUAUAUGCUUUGAGUGUAGUUUUAAGUGUACCACAGAUAGUUACUGGUUAUUUAUGUGUUCAAUAUUUGGAGUUUCGUUUAUUAGAUGAUGAAUGGUUUUACAUAGGAUUAGCUUUAAGUUGGUCAUUAUCACCAUUGUUGGUGGAAGUCACUCGAUUCAAAUUAAUUGGAGUAAAUAUAAUUAUGAUUACUAUUGCAAUUAUUGGUUUAUCUACUGAAGAUUAUUCUUCUGAAUAAAUUUUUAAAAUUUAUACUUGCAUUAUAGGUAUUGUAGAAGGAUGUGAUUGGCUAUUAACAACUAGAUUUAUAAGAGAGUAAGUAGGAUGGGAAGAAGAAAGAUCGAUACAUCUCAAUAACAAUCCUUUAAUCUGUUUUUUCUUUGGCACUUUACUAAGAAUUAGUUACACUGAAGACUAGAAUCCUGAAGACCAACAAAUUAUUAUUAGUAUUCUUAUAAUUUUGACUAAUUCUAUAAGAUUACUUUCCUUCCUUACCGUUUAUAAUAAAUAGAGUCUAGAGUAUUACUAUAGAAAAUUCAAAGAGCUUUAAGGCAGAGUGAUUAUAAAGAAUUAAUUUUAAGGAAAUAUUAAAGAUAUAGAAUACUUUUAUAUAUCUAACAAUGAAGAAUAUAGCAAACUAAAUAGAAAGACGAGUACACUAUUAUAGUAGCAAUAUCGGAAACGCUUUAUUACAUGCAUAUUAUUAACACUUUUGUCAUGGUUCUAGUUGAACUAUCACAAUAAUUUCAAAUAAUAGGAAGUAGUAUUAGAACAUUCAUUCUGCUAUUUAUUUCUUGCCUUUCUAACUAUCACUAUUUUCUGUUAAAUCAUUUAUAGAAAAUUUAGUAUAAUUUUAAUUAAAUUCAAGAUGUUAGAGAUGUAAUGAUGGUUUUCAAUAUUAUAUUGCUAAUUUUAAAUGCUCUUCAGAUAAUGAAAAAUAGACUAAACUUAAUGCAUUUUUAACUAAUGAUCAUAAAUUGCUCAGUACUUUUCAGUUUCAUCAUUUAUUAUAUCGGACUAAAUUUACUAAUAACACAAUAACUGCCUUAUAAAGGAAUAACAUAUACUCUAAAUUUGACUUUUUUGUCAUUGUGUGGAGCCUAGUAAAUAAAUCAUUUGAUUAAAUAAAAGUAUGAAAAUGAAAAUGUUAGAAAUUCCACAACGCUACAUUAUAUUUAAAUAGUAGCAAAUAUUUUGUGUUUUCCUAUUCUAUUAAAAUUAAAGAAUAUCAAGAUGCUUAGAGAAUAUGAAAUUAAUUAAGUUUAUAAUUGA